CCUACCGGAGCCGGUCAUGGCCUCACGCCCGGGGAAAGGGGCUGCCGUAAAGGUGGCGCUGCUUCCUCUUCUCCUCCCGCCUCCCACCGGCUGUCGUAAAAGGGUGAAUGGAGAGUUGUGGGGGGGAAAGAGGGAAGACAGGGGGCGCAGAGUCGGAGUGGCACAGCAAGUGGUUGUGGGUGGCGACGGCGGCGCGGGGUAGGGAGUGAGGCAGCGUAGGGGGCGCGGAGGAGGCGGCCGAGGAGGGCCCGCGAAAGCUGAAGCUGCAGUCUGGCCUACUCGCCCGGGGGCCGCGGAGCCCCCCGCUGGGGAGAUGGACCUCAACCGGAUCAUCCAGGCGCUGAAGGGCACCAUCGACCCGAAGCUGCGCAUCGCCGCCGAGAACGAGCUCAACCAGUCCUACAAGAUUAUCAAUUUUGCCCCCAGUUUACUUCGGAUUAUAGUCUCUGACCAUGUGGAAUUCCCAGUACGCCAGGCAGCUGCUAUCUACCUGAAGAACAUGGUGACCCAGUACUGGCCAGAUCGAGAACCUCCACCGGGAGAAGCAGUCUUUCCAUUCAACAUUCAUGAAAAUGACCGCCAGCAGAUCCGCGAUAACAUUGUGGAAGGGAUAAUUCGGGCUCCUGAUUUGGUGAGAGUCCAGUUAACAAUGUGUCUUCGUGUCAUCAUUAAACAUGAUUUUCCUGGUCACUGGCCAGCAGUGGUGGACAAGAUAGACUAUUACUUGCAAUCACAGAACAGUGGAAGCUGGCUCGGCAGUUUAUUAUGUCUGUAUCAACUGGUGAAGACUUACGAGUAUAAGAAAGCAGAAGAAAGAGAGCCUCUGAUUGCAGCAAUGCAGAUAUUUCUGCCGUGUGUCCAGCAGCAGAUCAUGCAGCUCCUUCCCGAUGCCUCCCAUUACUCUGUGUUACUACAGAAGCAAAUCCUGAAGAUCUUUUACGCACUCGUUCAGUACGCAUUACCUCUUCAGCUGGUGAAUAACCAAACCAUGACGACGUGGAUGGAGAUCUUCCGAACCAUCAUCGACCGGAGGGUGCCCCCUGAGACGCUGCAGAUUGACGAGGAUGAUAGACCAGAACUGGUAUGGUGGAAGUGUAAGAAGUGGGCGCUGCAUAUUGUAGCUCGUCUUUUUGAGCGGUAUGGAAGCCCAGGAAAUGUCACAAAAGAAUACUUCGAAUUUUCUGAAUUCUUUUUGAAAACCUAUGCAGUGGGAAUUCAGCAGGUGCUACUAAAAAUUUUAGAUCAAUAUAGACAGAAGGAAUACAUAGCGCCCCGUGUUCUUCAGCAGGCAUUCAACUAUCUCAACCAAGGGGUCGUGCAUUCUGUGACCUGGAAGCAGAUGAAGCCACACAUACAGAAUAUCUCUGAAGACGUGAUUUUUUCUGUGAUGUGCUAUAAAGACGAAGAUGAAGAGCUGUGGCAAGAAGACCCAUAUGAAUACAUAAGGAUGAAAUUUGAUAUUUUUGAAGAUUAUGCCUCUCCCACUACAGCAGCCCAGACUCUUCUAUAUACUGCUGCAAAGAAAAGGAAAGAGGUGUUGCCAAAAAUGAUGGCAUUCUGUUACCAGAUCCUCACCGACCCGAACUUUGACCCGAGGAAGAAGGAUGGAGCCCUGCAUGUGAUUGGUUCCUUGGCGGAGAUUUUAUUGAAGAAGAGUUUAUUCAAGGACCAAAUUGAGUUAUUUCUACAGAAUCAUGUGUUUCCUCUGUUACUGUCUAACCUGGGAUAUCUUCGAGCUAGAUCCUGCUGGGUGCUUCAUGCAUUUAGUUCUUUGAAGUUUCAUAAUGAGCUCAACCUAAGAACAGCAGUAGAACUGGCAAAGAAGAGCCUGAUUGAAGAUAAGGAGAUGCCUGUCAAAGUCGAAGCUGCCCUUGCCCUCCAGUCAUUAAUUUCUAACCAGAUACAAGCUAAGGAAUAUAUGAAGCCGCACGUCAGGCCUAUUAUGCAGGAGCUGUUGCACAUUGUCAGAGAGACAGAGAAUGAUGAUGUUACUAAUGUCAUCCAGAAGAUGAUAUGUGAGUACAGUCAGGAGGUAGCGUCAAUUGCAGUCGACAUGACCCAACACUUGGCGGAGAUAUUUGGCAAAGUUCUUCAGAGUGAUGAGUAUGAAGAAGUUGAAGACAAGACAGUGAUGGCUAUGGGAAUUUUACAUACUAUUGAUACUAUUUUAACAGUUGUAGAGGAUCAUAAAGAGAUUACGCAGCAGUUAGAGAAUAUCUGUCUACGGAUUAUUGAUCUUGUUUUACAGAAACAUGUAAUUGAAUUCUAUGAAGAAAUUCUCUCGCUGGCGUACAGUUUAACCUGCCACUCUAUUUCCCCUCAAAUGUGGCAGCUCCUAGGUAUUUUAUAUGAAGUGUUCCAGCAAGAUUGCUUUGAAUACUUCACAGACAUGAUGCCUCUCCUGCAUAAUUACGUGACAAUAGACACAAAUACCUUACUCUCAAAUCCAAAGCAUUUGGAAGUCCUUUUCACAAUGUGUAGAAAGGUCCUGUGCGGAGAUGCAGGGGAAGACGCUGAGUGUCACGCAGCCAAACUUCUGGAAGUCAUCAUUCUUCAGUGCAAAGGAAGGGGAAUUGAUCAGUGCAUCCCACUCUUUGUCCAGCUUGUUCUGGAGAGGUUAACUCGAGGGGUCAAAACAAGUGAGCUCCGCACGAUGUGUCUACAGGUUGCGAUCGCUGCCCUGUACUACAACCCUGACCUGCUGCUGCACACCUUAGAACGAAUUCAGCUGCCUCACAACCCUGGACCUAUCACUGUACAGUUUGUAAAUCAGUGGAUGAACGAUACAGAUUAUUUUCUUGGGCAUCAUGACCGGAAGAUGUGUAUAAUAGGGCUGAGUAUCCUUCUGGAGUUACAGAACCGGCCUCCUGCAGUAGAAGCUGUGGUGGGACAGAUCGUGCCCUCAGUCCUUUUCCUUUUCCUUGGCCUAAAGCAGGUCUGUGCGACUAGACAACUGGUGCACCGGGAUGAUCGUUCAAAGGUGGAGAAAGCUGAUAUGGAAGAAAAUGAGGAGAUUUCCAGUGAUGAGGAGGAGACAAAUGUAAGCGCUCAAGCCAUGCAGUCAAAUAACAGGAGAGGCGAGGAGGAGGAGGAGGACGAUGACGACUGGGAUGAAGAAGUGCUGGAAGAAACCGCUCUGGAGGGGUUCAGCACGCCGCUCGACCUUGAGGAUAGUGUGGAUGAAUAUCAGUUUUUUACACAGGCUCUGCUGACUGUGCAGAGUCGAGAUGCUGCCUGGUACCAGCAGCUGACGGCCCCCCUGAGUGACGACCAGAAGAGGAUGCUGCAGGAGGUGUACACCUUGGCAGAGCACCGAAGGGCGGCGGCAGAGGCAAAGAAGAAGAUUGAACAGCAGGGUGGCUUCACAUUUGAAAACAAAGGCGUCCUCUCUGCGUUUAACUUCGGGACCCUGCCCAGCAACAACUAAAGCAAGGGACAUCAGUUGACCACAGGCCACCGACUGUGCGGUUUCACAGGGGGUGGGGUCAGGGGCGGAGCUGAGGGGUGCUUUUCAGGGCCUCCUGCCACACUGGUCACCGUCUGGCACCUGGCAACACUCUCAUCCACUCCUUUCCCUGAGACCCUUCCCCCCGAGAUCCUUAUUUUCAGCAGCUACUGUAAUGUACGAGCGAGGAAGAGCAGAAUCAGUGCAUUGAAAAGGACGGCCAUCUGCUCCACAGGCGGAGGCCCCGGGGGGUUUUCAGAGGAUUGGAUCCACUUGCACGUCUCAGGUUUUUGCCAUGCAGAAUCAAUAGAUUUAUGCGGAUAACAGUGCCUUCUGUUGUACAUGACUUAUCAGAAACAUUUUUUGGAGUGCAUUGCAAUUUUUUUAAAGCAUAAAACAUAUUUCUAGAUAUAAUGUAAACCUUGGUUACAUGUCGACUUAUUCUGCAUUUUACUCUGUGAAUUUACUGGUAGGCAGUUAGCUGCAGGACACUCUGGUUUCAAAACCAUCACUGCCCCUUCGCCCGCCGCCCUGCUGCAGGGGCUGUCUUCAGGGGCUGUAAAGUGUGCGCUGGCUCUGGUUUUUCAUAAGGUGUUCUGUGGCUUUUUAAAGAAGUGUCUCCCCCUUCCACCAUAUUUUUCUACCUUGAAAGGGGUGGUGUUUCUUUCAGAAUCAGCAAGUGCGUGUAUCAGUUUCCUUUCUAACCUGGUAGGUGUAAGUUCAGGAGUCAACAGCUGCGUGGCAGCAUGUGGCGGGGCCUCGCUGGUCACUGGUGUUAGCAGCACGUCUGAGUGGAUUGCGAGUCGUACUCAGGCAGUGAAUUCUUCGUUACACCUAAAGCACCGUCGCGCUGCUAGCGGGCAGGCUUUCUGGACGGGGCUCACAUCUCAGUAACUCAUUCCAGCCGUGUUGGGCCAGGGUCCAAAGCAUUUUAUAAUGACAUUUUUUUUAUUUAACAAAAGAGCCAAGCAAAUAUAAUUUCCUGCUUUCUCACCCAUCUGAAUUUUUUUCUGAUCUAAUUUGUUUUAGUCAUUAUUAUAGCAGUUUGGCUUCUGAAAUUUUCUAAGCAUGGAGUAUGUUGGUCAUCUUCAUGCUUGAUGUAACGUGACCUACAGAAAAUAUUGCAGAUGGAGGUUUUUCUGAAUUAUUCAAGACCAGAAUAUGGAUCUGCGUGUUUUCAUGCAGUACAGUGAAAUGUACCUUGAGAACUUAGCAUUUUACAGGGUUUCCUUUUGUGUGUGUGUGGAACGUCUGCAGGUCAAAUUUCCCACCUGUGACUGGUAGAAGUUUUCCCAGGUGCUUCCUCUAUUACCGACCCUUAUUCACAUUAACUGUUUAAAAUUUUAGGUUAUUGAAGUAAUUUUUAUAGAAGUGGCCUGAAAAGCCGAGUUCUGGGGUUAAAGGAGCCUCUGCUUUCCCACCUCUACUUCGGGGUGUGGGAACCAAGAGCCUGUCCCUCCGCCCCGGCAACUAGAAGACGGCGUGGGGGGAGUCUCAGAGGGUUUCGGAGCGCUCCAUGUCCCAUGCGGUUCAAUUUUAACGUGCGUACAAGACCUUCACACUGGAUGGUGCGAGGCGUGUGCUUUAGAGAUUUAUUUUGUGAUGUGUUGUCUUCUGCAGUAUUAAAGGGAAAGAAGUGUUAAUGUGCAUCACCUUAUCUUGUUUUUAAGCCAGAGUAGUUGUAUGAUUUUGUUACCAGCAGUGCUAACCUGAAUGUGAUCUGGUUACCUUGGAAAUGCAGGAACUUACAUGAAUGUACUGUAAAAUAAAAUGCGAACCGAUCCCUGGGA